AUGGAGGCAAAUGCUGGAAUGGUGGCUGGAUCUUACAAAAGGAAUGAGCUUGUUAGAAUUCGUCAUGAUUCUGAUAGUGCGCCAAAGCCCUUGAAGAACCUGAAUGGUCAGGUAUGUCAGAUCUGUGGGGAUACCGUUGGACUGACUGCCAAUGGUGAUGUAUUUGUUGCUUGCAACGAAUGUGCUUUUCCAGUUUGCCGUUUAUGUUAUGAGUAUGAACGAAAAGAUGGAAAUCAGUCUUGUCCCCAAUGCAAGACUAGAUACAAAAGACACAAAGGGAGUCCACGAGUUGAAGGGGAUGAGGAUGAGGAUGACGUUGACGAUUUAGACAAUGAAUUUAGUUAUUCUCAGGGAAAGAGCAAGACUCGAUCCCAAUGGCAGGGAGACGAUGUUGAACUCUCUUCAUCUAGUAGACGCGAAUCACAGCAACCAAUCCCUCUUCUUACUAAUGGGCAGCUGGUGUCUGGCGAAGUUCCCAGCUCUAUACAAGACACUCAAUCUGUAAGAAGUACAUCAGGACCAUUGGGCCCUGUAGACCGGCAUGUUCACUCCCUUCCCUAUAUCGAUCCGAGGCAGCCUGUUCCUGUGAGAAUUGUGGACCCUUCAAAAGACUUGAAUUCUUAUGGACUUGGAAAUGUCGACUGGAAGGAGAGAGUGGAAGGUUGGAAACUAAAACAGGAGAAAAAUAUGGUACAAGUGAACAACAGAUACAGUGAAGGGAAAGGAGACAUUGAAGGCACAGGGUCAAAUGGAGAAGAAUUACAAAUGGCUGAUGAUGCUCGCCAACCCAUGAGUCGUGUUGUGCCUAUUUCUUCUUCUCAUCUUACCCCAUAUCGUGUUGUAAUAGUUCUUCGGUUGAUUAUCUUGGGCUUCUUCUUGCAAUACCGUUGUACUCAUCCGGUAAAGGAUGCUUAUCCUUUGUGGCUGACAUCAGUUAUCUGUGAGGUUUGGUUUGCUCUGUCCUGGCUUCUGGAUCAGUUUCCAAAGUGGUACCCCAUCAAUCGUGAGACAUACUUGGACAGACUCGCAAUAAGAUAUGACAGGGAGGGUGAGCCGUCCCAGUUAGCCCCUAUCGAUAUUUUUGUCAGUACAGUGGACCCCAUGAAAGAGCCUCCUCUUGUUACUGCCAAUACUGUGCUGUCCAUCCUUUCUGUGGAUUACCCUGUUGACAAAGUCUCCUGUUACGUGUCAGAUGAUGGUUCAGCAAUGCUAACCUUUGAAGCCCUCUCUGAAACUGCAGAGUUUGCUAGGAAAUGGGUGCCUUUCUGCAAGAAGCAUAGCAUUGAGCCAAGGGCCCCUGAAUUCUAUUUUGCUCAGAAGAUAGAUUACCUUAAGGACAAGAUUCAGCCUUCCUUUGUGAAAGAACGUAGAGCAAUGAAGAGAGAAUAUGAAGAGUUUAAGGUACGCAUCAAUGCACUUGUUGCCAAGGCUCAAAAGAUGCCUGAAGAAGGAUGGACAAUGCAAGACGGAACUGCUUGGCCUGGAAAUAACCCUCGUGAUCAUCCUGGAAUGAUCCAGGUUUUUCUGGGGCAUAGUGGGGGCCUUGAUACGGAUGGAAAUGAACUUCCUCGCCUGGUUUAUGUUUCUCGUGAGAAGCGUCCAGGAUUCCAACAUCACAAGAAAGCUGGAGCUAUGAAUGCUUUGAUUCGUGUCUCUGCUGUUCUUACAAAUGGUGCAUAUCUUUUGAAUGUGGAUUGUGAUCACUACUUUAACAACAGCAAAGCUCUUAAAGAAGCUAUGUGUUUCAUGAUGGACCCCGUUCUUGGAAAGAAGACUUGCUAUGUUCAAUUUCCACAACGGUUUGAUGGCAUUGACUGGCACGAUAGAUAUGCUAACCGCAAUAUUGUAUUCUUUGAUAUCAACUUGAAAGGGCUCGAUGGGAUUCAGGGUCCAGUCUAUGUUGGAACUGGAUGUUGCUUUAACAGACAAGCUUUGUACGGGUAUGAUCCAGUCCUAACUGAGGAAGAUUUGCAACCAAACAUCAUUGUCAAGAGCUGCUGUGGCUCUAGAAAGAAAGGAAAGCAUGCUGAUAAGAAAUACAUUGACAAGAAGAAAGCAGCAAAAAGGACUGAAUCCACCAUUCCAAUCUUUAAUAUUGAGGACAUUGAAGAGGGUGUGGAAGGAUAUGAAGAUGAGAAGUCGCUCUUUUUGUCUCAAAAGAGAUUGGAGAAGCGGUUUGGUCAAUCACCUGUUUUCAUCGCUGCCACCUUUAUGGAACAGGGAGGGAUUCCGACGUCAACAAAUCCUGCUACUCUUUUGAAAGAAGCAAUCCAUGUCAUUAGCUGUGGGUACGAGGACAAAACUGAGUGGGGCAAAGAGAUUGGGUGGAUAUAUGGUUCUGUCACAGAAGAUAUUUUAACGGGGUUCAAAAUGCAUGCACGAGGAUGGAUUUCAAUCUAUUGCAUGCCUCCUCGCCCGGCUUUCAAGGGGUCUGCUCCCAUCAAUCUCUCGGAUCGUUUGAAUCAGGUCCUUCGGUGGGCUUUGGGAUCCGUUGAAAUUCUUCUGAGUCGGCAUUGCCCUAUAUGGUAUGGUUACAAUGGGAAACUGAAGCUCUUGGAGAGAUUGGCAUAUAUCAACACUAUUGUUUAUCCCAUUACCUCUAUUCCGCUUCUUGCUUAUUGCAUUCUUCCGGCCAUAUGUCUUCUUACUAAUAAAUUUAUCAUUCCCGAGAUAAGCAAUUUUGCUAGCAUGUGGUUUAUUCUUCUCUUUGUCUCUAUUUUCGCUACUGGAAUUCUGGAAAUGAGGUGGAGUGGUGUGAGCGUCGAGGACUGGUGGAGAAAUGAACAAUUCUGGGUCAUUGGUGGAACAUCGGCUCAUCUCUUUGCCGUUUUCCAAGGUCUCCUCAAAGUUCUUGCUGGGAUAGAUACAAAUUUCACUGUCACUUCAAAGGCAUCUGACGAAGAUGGAGACUUUGCGGAGCUUUACGUGUUCAAGUGGACAUCCCUCCUCAUUCCUCCAACCACUGUCCUUAUUGUGAACUUGGUAGGAAUUGUUGCUGGUGUUUCGUACGCCAUCAACAGUGGAUAUCAGUCAUGGGGUCCUCUGUUUGGGAAGUUGUUCUUUGCCAUUUGGGUUAUUGUCCACCUUUACCCAUUCCUCAAAGGUUUGCUGGGCCGGCAAAACCGAACGCCUACAAUCGUCAUCGUCUGGUCAAUACUCCUCGCAUCCAUUUUCUCCCUGCUUUGGGUUCGGAUUGAUCCGUUUACAUCGGAGGCUACAAAGAGAGCUGCUCAAGGUCAAUGUGGUGUCAACUGUUAG